ACGAAACGACAUUUGAAGCAGGAGUCAAAGUCCAGAUCCACAGUCAGUCUGAGCCGCCGUUCGUCCAGGAGUUGGGAUUCGGCGUGGCACCCGGGUUCCAGACUUUUGUGGCUACGCAAGAGCAAAGGCUGACGUACCUUCCGCCUCCGUGGGGUGAGUGCCGCUCCUCCGACUACGGCCUGGACUUCUUUCCCAUCUACAGCAUCACCGCCUGCAGGAUUGACUGCGAGACCCGCUACGUGGUAGAAAACUGCAAUUGCCGGAUGGUUCACAUGCCUGGGGAUGCUCCAUUCUGCACGCCAGAGCAGUAUAAAGAAUGUGCAGAGCCUGCCCUAGGCCUUCUUGGUGAAAAGGACAGCAGUUAUUGUGUGUGCCAAACACCCUGCAAUGUGACCCGCUACAACAAGGAGCUCUCCAUGGUCAAGAUCCCCAGCAAGACGUCAGCCAAGUACCUCGAGAAGAAGUUCAACAAGUCAGAAAAAUACAUCUCGGAGAAUAUCCUUGUGUUGGACAUAUUCUUCGAAGCCCUCAACUACGAGACCAUUGAGCAGAAGAAAGCAUACGAGGUGGCAGCUUUACUCGGUGAUAUCGGAGGUCAGAUGGGCCUUUUUAUUGGUGCUAGCAUCCUCACCAUUCUGGAAAUAUUUGACUAUAUCUAUGAGUUGAUCAAGGAGAAAUUGUUAGACCUUCUUGGCCAGGAGGAGGAGGAAGGAAGCCAUGAUGAGAACGUGAGCACGUGCGAUCCUUUGCCAAACCACUCGGACCCCAUCAGCCACACUGUGACAGUCCCCCUGCAGACGACACUUGGCACGUUAGGGAGGGUUGCGUGCUGA